CAAUAUCACAUAUCAAGCUCGGUCACGCGUGUUUUUAACAAAAUGCCGACUUACAAGUUGUACUAUUUCCCUGUUCGAGGAAGAGCUGAACUUAGUCGAUUGUUGUUAGCGGUAGCAGGGAAGGACUAUGAAGAUAUAAGGAUUUCUUUUGACGAAUGGCCAAAGAAAAAAUCAACUAUGCCAACUGGCCAGAUGCCAACUUUUGAUGUUGAUGGUCAACUCUUAUGUCAAAGUUUGACAAUUGCUAGAUACAUAGCUAGAGAGUAUGGAUAUGCUGGUAAAAGCAACAUGGAGCAAGCAUUGGUCGACCAGGUUGUAGAUACAACUAGUGAUUACUUAGGGGAAUACUUUAAGUGUUAUUUUACUCCAGAGGAAUUGAAAAAGGAGGCAAUAGAGAAAUAUUUGAAAGAAUCAACACCUAAAACAUUAACAUGUUUUAAUAAAUGGCUGGAACAAAAUGAUGGUGGAAAGGGCUUCUUUGUCGGUUCGUCGAUGACCAUGGCAGACCUUGCUGUAUAUGAAGUUCUAACAAAUGUAGUUCUAAGAGACUCAAAAAUAUUGGACGGAUUUCCAAAGCUCGUGGAACAUAGAACCAGAGUUGCCUCUUUGCCAAAAAUUAAGGAAUAUCUAGAAAAACGUCCAAAAACGGAUGUUUAAUCAAAUUACAUUAUAUAACUCCUCUAUAUAUUUUUAUAAAUGUGUAGUUCAAAAUGUGUGUAUUUGAUGGUGUGUGUUUUUGGAUUAACAAAGGACUUUCUAUGUUCACAAUUAGUGUGAUAGUUGUACAAAACUGCAUUGUCAUAUACAAAUGUGCAAUAGUUUUUACAACAGGCGAUGACACUUGUGUGCAGAAGUGAUUAAUUUUUGGAUAUAUGUUUUGUGCAUUAUAACGUUGUUUAUAAUAUUCUGACUAGAUUACAAAAAUUAAACUUGUUUAUACACUUUUAAUAUAAUAAAAUUUUAUAAUCAUUUAAAA